CCCGGACCACCACCAACGGGAGGGGGAUACACCCUUCCAUACCCACCCCUCCGCUGCCCCAAUGUCAAUUUGCUUUCGACGCCCCUGAUUUACCAUUAUGAUACGUAUUUUUACGCAUUUGUAGUCCUUCAGAAAGUUAAAUUUGAUAAAGACCUUUCUUAUUAGUUUCAAGUUUUAAAGACUUCAUUUCCAACCCUUAGAUAUUUAUGAGCAGCAAACAGCAUUAAACCUGAACAGACUGCAAAUUUAGCCAUUUUCACUUUGCUACCAAGUGGGAAAGGGUAACAUUAAAUUGAACAACAUAAACAAAUAAUUUAUGACUCUGUCAAACUUGGUUUUGUUUGUAGAAACGGGCCAAAUGUAUUUGAGAUAGAUGUCAACAAGGUUAGUUUGGACUCAAGAUGGCCAAGAGUGCUCCAGGCACUGCAGGUCUUCCGUUGCUUGGCGACAAGUCUUAUGAAUUCUACAAGAAUCCUGUCAAAUUCCUUAUGAAACGUAUGGCAGACAACAAGUCUCGUGUUUUUCUGACGAGAUUUUUGAACAAGCCAACAGUGUUUGUCGGGUCAAAUAAAGUUGUUCAUGAAUUGUUGAAUGAACACAGUGAUAAGUUAGAGUUGGGCUACAAGCAAUUCAUGGAAGAAAUCUAUGGUGAAAAUAUUUUGUUUACAGAUGGAGAUUUCUCAACGGGGCUUCGGGAUGCACUUAGCGAGUUGUUUACAGUCGAUGCAAUAAAAACAUACCAGUCGGAUAUAGACAGAAUCGUGAAGAAUGCCAUUAAAGAUAUACUUACUGGAGCACCAGUCUGCAUAUACAUGUUGUUCAAGAAACUUGCCAUCGAGAUUUGUCUGAGCCUGUUCUUAGGCCUAGAUUUCAGCCAAUCAGAUGCGAGUUUAGUGACAGAUCUUACUGUAACCCAUUGGCAUGGUAUAAUAUCAGUGCCUGUUGCUGUAAAAAUACCCAUGAUGAAUGAGACUACAUACAGUAAAGCAUUGGAUGCAAAGAGAAAACUCCUGGAGGUCAUCAACGAGCGUCGCAAGGAGAAGUGUCACCAGUUUCCUCAGCACGUUGAGAGACUUCCAAACUUCUCUGACGUGCUAGUGAACAACCACCUGCUGCUGUUUACAUCCGCCCUCAUCCCGAAGGCUCUGUCGUCCAUUCUUACAUCGUUUAUGAUUGAGAUCGGUAGUGAGGUUGGAAAUCAAAACAUGCUGCUAGAAGACCCAGAUCUGUUGGAACGCUACCUCCUGGAAGUUGUUAGGUUGUACCCGCCGUUCCUGGGUGGAAGACGGAUCAUACGCGAGGAAGUAAUAUGUGGAGGGUUUCGGUUCCCAGCCGGCCAUGCUCUUCUGUACAUGACCUAUGCUGCACACAGGGACCCAGAUGUGUUUGACCAACCAGAUGCCUUCAUGCCUGAGAGGUGGAGUCAACACAACAAAAAUGACCAAGAUAAGCUGUUCACAUUAGGGGCAGGGCCUCGGCAGUGCAUCGGUGAGCAGCUGGUGUGGACCAUCAUCAAGACUGUCAUCAAUGAGCUACUGAGGGGUUAUACUGUCAAGCUUUUACCGGACCAAGAUCUCGCAUACAAAUGGCUCCCCGUUUCCCGACCAAAGGGAAAUGUAUUGGUAACUUUCCAGGGUAGGAACAGUAACUCUUUAAGUCGUUCACUAUACCCGGAUACUGUGGACAAACCAAAAGGAGAAUACUUGUAGCCGAAUUUGUGCCUUGAUCGGUUGGUGUAAAAUAAUGUUAAAUAUUAUGUUUAUAUCCCAUUCAAUGAAGUUUCAAGAAGGUGGAUUUAGAAAUAAAUAUUGGAGUCCCUUUUUUGGUCGAUUUGUAAGUCCGUGUACCUACCUCUUGAUUUCUGAUCUGUUCUAUUUCAACUUAAAAUUUGUCAUCAUAAUGAAGUGAAAAUCUGGAAGACACUUUAUCAUGCUCAGUUAUCCAAACAUUCCCAAGUUAUUUGCAUUUGAACAUAGCUGACAAAAUUCUCGUUAAUACCGGGUAUCAGGGUUCGACAUUAACUUUUUUUACAGCAAGACCGUCGGACCAGCUCCUCUUAAAAUGUACUAGCCCGAACCUGAUGUCUACUAGACCAUAAAUGACAUACAUGUAGCAAAUGAACACAAUUGUGUCAUGUAACUGUUUAAUCAGGAUUUAUCAGUAAAUAAUCAGUGAUGACCAGAUUUUUUUUUAUGCAUAGAGUAAAACAAUAAAAUAACCCCUUUUUUUGCUUUUCUUCAUCAAAUUCAAGCCAUGGGAACUGACUAGAUUUUCCAAACACUAGGUCACCAGGUCAAAUCUUAUGAAACCCUUGUUACCACUAUAGUAGUCACAUUUACGACUCAAUCAUGAUGAAACUUGGUCCAAAUAGUUAUAUUGACAAUAACUAGACCAUGUUCACAAGUUUGAAUAUUGGUUAAGUGUGGUAAAAAACUAGGUAACUAGGUAAUGUCUUUGACAAUAAGUGUACCCUAAACUCAGGGUUUAGGGCCAUGAUUGCCCUGCUUUUGAUAAAUCUUGAGUAAAUGAGCCUUGUUCUGGGAAAAUGAAGCUUAAUGCAUGUGGGUAAAGUGUCUCACCUUAAUAGCUUUUGCACUCUGCAAUUGCUAUUCUCGUACAACACUUUAUGGAAUUUUUGCAGUUGCAAUAAUCCAACUCCCAGCUAUUGACCCGAUACGUAUGUACUCAUAAAAGCUCAGAGCAAUCAAGAAGAACUAGGAAUUUUUCGUGUAAAGGAAGUAUCUACUAAACAAAAAUCUAGUCUAGAAGGAAAGUGUCGUCCUUAUUAAUCAUGUGUGGUUUGCACAGACUAAUCUGGGACCACACAUUGUGAUCAUUCAUGUAGCUCAGUUUGUUCAGACUAAGGUUCAACUUGAUAUUUUAAAGGGGCAUUUUCACAGAUUUUGGCAUAUUUUGAAGUUUGUUAUUAAAUGCUUUAUAUUGGUAAAUGUUAACAUUGGAUCUAAAAAGCUCCAGUAAAAAAUCAAGAAUAAAAUUUUAAAAAAGAAAAAAAGUAACCCUCAGCAGGGCUCGAACCAGUGACCCCUGGAGUCCUGGAGUAAAAACCAAUUAGACCGCUCUGCCAUCCUACCAAGUAUGUAUGAAGAACUUAUUUUAUAGUUUAUAUAAGCAAUCUUCGUAGUUUCACACAAAUAAACGACAACAACAGAACUCUCCAAGUUAUUAAAUCGUUUUGCGUUGUAACGCUUUAUAAUUUUCAGGUUUUUAAAUCGUCAAAAGAUGCAUGUAAUUAGAAUGGUUAAUGUUCAGUUUUACUGUUUCCUCACAAAUAUCAUAACUAAAACGAAAAUUUGCGAAUCUGAAACAACUUUUUUCAAUUUUGUCAAUUUGCCAAAACGUGAAAAGGCCCCUUUAAGAGGAUUUUUACUCUUUUUGUAUCCAGUGUUAGUAGUGUAUUUUCUACUAACACAAAGCUUUUUUUGAGCAUUAAUACAUUUAACUGUAUUUCUUAAAAAAAACAGGAAUGAAAUUAAUUAAGUUUAAAAACAACAACUGUAAUACCCCUUAGAGUGCAUUGAGCGUUUUGCGGACUAGGGAUUUAAUAUGGUAAAAUGUGAUGACAUUUACAUAUGCUAUGUUUUUAUAUUCAAUCUACAUUCCAGUUUUGUUGAUGUUUAUGCAUUUGUUAUGUACAAGUUUGUCUUGUUUUGUGCAUUUUGUUUUGUGUGUCACUGUUUGGCAAUGAGUUCCUUUUCAUAAACAAAGGACCCCAUCGUAUUAUCAGGGUUUUCUCUCCUACUACUACAGAUGAAGUUUCACUAAAUGCGUAUCUUAUGUGCAUAUCAAUAAUUGUGCUGUAUAUAAACUUAUUUGUUAUAGCAACAUUGUGUGAAUGGAAAGGCACUUUUUGACUGGUUUAAUUAACCAUUGGUGGUAGUCUUUCUAUUAUUUAUUGACAUGCAAUUAAUUGUACACAUUCAAUCUUUAGUUUUCAUUGCAUUCAUUGCAUGUUUGAAACAUUUGUUUGUAAAAAGUGAUCAUGUUAAUAAUUAAAUGUCAUUUGAAAUGAUGGAGCAAAAUUAGCACUGAAUUUCAUUUGAAUUUCCUCCUAAUAUUGCUAAUGAUUUUGGAGUUUAUUUUAUUAAGAAUUGAUAAAAUAUCAGCUAAUAUUUGUGCAUAGGUAUUAAAAGAAGUAAACUCAGAUCUUUUAAAUUGGGUGGCUGAUUACUUCACUUUCAUCAAAGUGGUCUCAGAACAGGCUUUAUUGUGUGCAUGUAUAUGUUGAAGGUACGUUGUGGUAUAGUACUAAGUUAAAUUUGAUGACAUUAUUGGUAACCAUAUGUACUAAUAAAUUUAUGCUACACUGAUUUGUCCCAUGGAAUGACCAAUUUUUAAUACACAUUCAAUCUGUCAAUUGUAUUGGCUGUUUAAUACAUACUAAAUUUUUAUAUAAACCUGUGCUAUUUUAAUAAAUCUGCAUUGACAAUUGACAUAUUUGGUACUUUGGACACAUUGAUGAACUUGAAAAUAAUAUUUUUUUUUUAUUUUAUAGUAUUUAAAAUUUAUGACAUACCUAAUGUUGUAUGUGUUUACACAUCUUAUAGCCGUGUUUUUAACGCUGAAAUGGUUGUUUGUUUGUUUGUCAGAUAAACUGUUAGAAAUAUGACUGUUAAAUAUCCAUCCAUCUGUAUUUGCUUUUAAUCGAUUAAAAACACAUUUGUUAAGAAUGCAAUUAACAUCAUCAGUACCUGCGUACAGUUAUCACAUGGUACAUGUAAAUGUAUACGGUUUGUUUUAUUUUUAUGUGAUUCUGUACACAAUGAAUACCGUGUAUAUUUCGGCAAUAUGAAAACUCUUGGUAAACCGGAACUCUGAAAACCGGACGAUUAGGCCGGUCCCGAGACCGUCCGGUUUACAGAGAGUCUACUGUAUAAUGCACAUUGUAUUUAUCAUUGAUUGUAUUUAUUAUUUUAUUUGAUGCAAAUUAUAUCUAACCAAUUGACUAAUUGAUGAAACAUUAGAUCAAUUAAUAAAAAAAAUCUCCAACACAAUAGCCAAUUUAUGCUGUAUUGUCUACACUUGAUCUGUAACGUGCACUGACCAACUUUAGGUCUACACUUGAUCUGUAACAUGUACUGACCAACUUUAGGUAUACAUUUGGUCUGUGACAUGCCGUUACCAAUUUAUGGUCUACAAUUCAUCUGUAACAUGCACUGACCAACUUUAGGUCUACAUUUGGUCUGUGACAUUCCAUUACCAAUUUAUGGUCAACACUUGAUCUGUAACAUGGACUGACCAAUUUCAUGUGCCAUAUUAAUAUGUUGUUGUUUUUUAAUUUAUGUUAUACAUUUUAACUGUAGCAUGCACUGACUAAUUUAUAGUCUACACUUGAUGUACAUGUAUAACAUACACUGACUUAUAUAUCGUUUACAUUUGAUCUGUAUCAUGCACUGACCAAUAUAUGAUCUACAUUUGAGCUGCAAUAUUAACUGACCAAUGUAUUGUAUACAUUUGAUGUGUAAAGAAUCUGUCUAAUGAAUUAAUUUGAUCUGUUACAUGUUAUCAAUUUCUAAUAAUCAUUUUAUCUGUUACAAAUAUUCCCAUGGAGUAAUACUAUACGUUUAUGUCACCAAAGCAACAUCCACAUAGUAUGCCAUGCCCUGUCCAUCUGAAUAAAGGAAACAUUAUUGUUGAUUAUCAUAUGUGGUUACAUGUAUAUUACA